GUCGCUAUGAAUUGCAUGCUCCUUGCAAAAAUUCAACUUUAGUUGCAGUACCAUUUUCAAGCUCGAGCUUUUCGAGAUUGUGGUCAUCUGAUAGUAAUAGCUGUGAAUCGAAGCUGUACACCUCUGUAUGCUAAAAACAUAAGAAAGCCCCGAAAAUGAAUGCUAAUGAGCCUAACGCCAAUGGAACUGCAUCAACGUGACAUCCAUGCUUCCAGAAACACGAGUCCAAGUAGGACGUGGUGAUGCCAUUGUUUGGGUCUCUGUUCCAUUGAGAUGUUGCAUAAUCGUGUCAUUUGGCAUGGUCCUAUUACAUGGGCCCACUGCUGAUAUCUUUAAAGACAACAUUCGAGUUGUCCAUGCUCUCCGAGAUUUUGCCUUUGUCAAACCAUAUUUUGAUCUUGCCUGAUUGACGGUACUUUAAGUUUUCUUGCUGGAGCUGACUUGUUAUUGCAUUAAGAGCGUCUGGUGGAGGGUUCUCCUGAUGGCUCCUGAAAGGUGCUUGGAGGGUCGAUCCUCUGUUGCAAGCACAGCUCCCUGGUAAACCAAUAUGAAUUCAAAUUUCAGACAGCAAAAUUAGCGCAAGACCUUUUUUGACCAGCAAUCUUAAGGAAACCAUGCGGCUGUGUCAUCA